AUGGAACCAAAAAGUGGCAUUUCUGGAAAAGUGAAACUUCUUAUAGCAUUGCUUGUUUUGCAAUUAUGCUUUGCAGGAUUUCAUAUAGUUUCAAGACUUGCACUUAAUAUUGGUGUCAGCAAAAUUGUGUAUCCAGUUUAUAGAAAUAUUAUUGCAUUGGUUUUGUUAGGACCCUUUGCUUAUUUCUUGGAAAAGAAGGAAAGACCACCACUCACAUUCUCUCUAUUGGUUCAAUUUUUCUUCCUUGCAUUAAUAGGAAUCACAGCAAACCAGGGAUUUUAUAUCUUAGGGUUGUAUUAUGCAUCCCCAACCUUUGCUUCAGCAAUGCAAAACUCAGUUCCUGCUAUUACUUUUAUCAUGUCUUCUAUUCUAAGGCUAGAAAGAGUUCAUUUUAUGAGGAGAGAUGGAAUGGCUAAAAUUCUGGGAACCAUAGCAAGUGUUGGAGGAGCCACAGUUAUUACUCUUUACAAGGGCCCUCCUCUGUUAAGAGGAAGCAGUUUUUCUGAAGAAGAAAUGGCUGCUUCUCAGGAGGCCAUGCUGAAUUGGACAUGGGGUUGUGUUUAUUUGCUUGCUCAAUGCUUAUCAUGGGCUGGUUGGAUGGUUCUUCAGGCCCCUAUGUUGAAGAAGUACCCAGCCAAGCUAUCACUUACCUCAUUUACAUUCUUCUUUGGAUUAAUCCAGUUCCUAGCUAUAGCAGCUUUUACAGAAAGGGAUCUAACACGUUGGAAGAUCCAGUCUGGAGAGGAAAUUCUUCUGAUUUUAUAUGCUGGUAUUAUCUCUUCUGGAAUAGUCAUUUCUCUCCAGACUUGGUGCAUUCAGAAAGGAGGACCAGUUUAUGUUGCCACAUUCCAGCCUGUGCAAACAGUAUUAGUUGCUGUCAUGGCUUUUGUAAUUCUUGGUGAUCAGUUGUACUCUGGAGGGAUACUUGGAGGGCUUUUGAUUACGGUUGGUCUUUACCUAGUUUUGUGGGGUAAAAAAGAAGAGAAAAGAAUUGUCAAUAAUGAAGGGACAACAUUGAAAAAACACCUUCUAGCUCCCAACAGCAAGGAUGAAUCCUCUGUUGGACCUGAUAUUUGCUAA